AUGUUGGGAGGUCUGCGGCGGCGGUGGGACGCUUACAAGUAUCGCUUCGUGCCGUGGCUGGCCCUCAACCUCCGCCGCAAGCGCAGGACCCUCCGAUAUGUUCCUGAAAGCUCCCAAGACAAAAUUAUCUCUGAUGAAGAUGUCUUUGAAACACUACUCAAAAUAUUUAAAGCUCUGUUCAUAAAUGACUUCAGUAGACAAGCACAUAUUUUGGCCUUACUUCCAGAAGUCAAAUGUAAAUAUCUGGAAUUACUGACUGUUGAGCAGAAGCGAUCAAAAGUGAAUUCAUGUAACCAUCAGAGUCAACAUGUGUUUAGUCCAGAGGAGGUUCUGUUUAACACGCUAGGGUUCAGUGUUACUCGAGACCGAAGUACCCUGGUGUCUGCUGGAACUGGAGUCUUUGUUACCAGAGGUUUUGUACCAAAAGGGACGGUUGUAUCUAUGUAUCCUGGUACAGUAUACAGAAAGCAUGAGCCCAUCUUUUUCCAGUCCCUUGGCAAUCCCUUUAUUUUUAGGUGCAUAGAUGGUGUCCUUAUUGAUGGGAACGAUAAAGGACUAUCAAGAUCAGUGUACAGGUCUUGCAGCAGGAGAGAUCAACUUGGCCCAUUUCAAAUGAGUGAUGAGAGCUGGCUCACAGCUGCCCUACAAAACCCACUGGCGGUGGGACAGUAUGUCAACAACUGCUCACAUGCCACCCGAGGUGUGUAGUGCUUGUCACUCUGAGAGACAUCAAGCAAGGAGAAGAACUUUUUUCUAAUUACUACACUGU